AAUGGAGAGUCUGGGUGCUAUGUUUAAGACAGGAUUGUACAUCAAUGACCUCAGUAUGCACGAUUCGAGCCGAGACCUGGUUCUUGCUGGCACCCAGCAGUCUGAGGAACUGAAGAGAGCUCUCAUCCAGGAACAGAAAAAGUCAAGCAAACUUGAGGAGAGCAUGAAGAUGCUGGACUAUGAGAUGAAGAAGACAGAUGAUCUCCUGUAUCGGAUGAUUCCAAAACCUGUCGCUAAGAGUCUUCGGAAAGGAUUGCCUUCUGUUAACACUUGUGAG